CGGGAAUAUAAUGACUAAAAUUAAGUUCUCCUUUUAGAUUCAGCAGAAUUACCUCCAUCUAUCCACCUAAACAUUCCAAAUUCUCUCCAUCCAUCAUGUCCCCAGAGACGUCCGUGUUAUUACUCUUGAUGGUCCUCCUAAAUGUAGGACAUUCCUCCAGACCUGUGGUGACCUUUACUCCAAACUCAAAGAAGAUAUUCCGUACUGAAUCUAUCUCGAUGACUUGUGAUGUGGGCCCUACUGAACAAAACAAUCAGAAGUAUGACUGGUUCAGAACUGGCGCACACGUACACAACGGUAAAACGUAUGCAAUAGAAUCUGCUAAAACAUCACACAGUGGAAGUUACCAGUGUUUUUCCCAACAUGCGAGUGACCCUUAUAGACUGGAUGUCAGUGAUGGUUGGGUCAUCCUGCAGGCCCCUAACUAUGUUUAUGAAGGAGAUGACCUGACUUUGAGAUGUCACCACUAUCCUGCAUACACCGCAAGGCAGACACAAUUUUACAAAGACAACAAAGUCAUCCAGAGCUGGAUCUACAAUGAUCUUUAUCGUAUUCCAAAGGUGGACACAAAAAUGUCUGGGACAUACAAAUGUGAAAAGGAAGUCAAACGUCGCCUUGUAUAUCGGAAGCGUAGAGAUGAAGAGUCCAUAUAUGUUCGAGAACUAUUCUCGGUUCCAACUAUAAGCGCAAACCUAGAUUCAAAGGAAGAGAACAUGACCCUAACAUGUGAGACAAGUCUCUAUUCUUCCAGACCAAAUACUCAACUACAAUUUGCUUUCUAUAACGAAGGCCAGAUUCUUCAGGAAUUUGGUCUGAGUAAUACCUGUGAGGUCAACAUUGGUCAUCUGGGGCAUUCUGGGAAAUAUUCAUGUGGAGCACAAACUUUAGAUGGCAAAGUUUGGAAAAAAAGUGCAGAACAACUAAUUCAGAUAGAAGGGUCUCAGCAGGGGUUCAUGCUGAGGCAGGGCAGCAUAUCAGGGGUUCUGUGCUGUAAGUGUAUCAGGGCAGCAGGAAUAGGGGUACAGGGGUUAACCAGGAAGAGAUACUUAGCCAGCCGGCAUUCCAGAGGGGGGGGGGGGCUGAUUGUUCCGUACAGCCUGUGUGCUCUUUCCUCCUGGGGAUGGCUGUUGUGUUCAGAGCGCAGUUCAGCUCCUUGCUGCCUGCGUCCUCUUCCUUCCUGGAGGUGCCGCUUCUGUGAGGGGAAUAUUCAGGCAGAAGACGACUUCUCUUUUUACACUCGAGAGCAUUGUCUCCGUUCGUCCAUCAUGUCCCCAGAGACGUCCGUGUUUUUGCUCUGGUUGGUCCUCAUACAAGAAGGAGCCUCCAUCAGACCUGUGGUGACCUUCACUCCAAACUACAAGAAGAUAUUCACAACGGAGUCUAUAACAAUGACCUGUGAUGUGGAGGCUACUAGAGGAGAAGAUCUGAAGUAUAUAUGGUACAAAGACCAUGUGCAAGUGCACAGUGGAAAAUCCUAUACAAUACAAAAUGCUGGAACAUCACACAGUGGAAAUUACGGAUGUCAGACCAGUACUGGAGAAAUAAGUGACCCCGCUAGACUGGAUGUUCGUGAUGAUUGGCUCAUCCUGCAGACCCCUCUAUAUGUCUAUGAAGGAGAUGAGAUGACGUUACGAUGUCACCACUAUCCUGGAUAUGGAGGAAAACAGACAAGAUUUUACAAGGAGGACAAAGUCAUUACAGACGGGAGCGAUGAUGAGGAAUUUCAUAUUAGUAAUGUAGACAGGACAAGUGCCGGGAAAUACAAAUGUACAAAAGAAGUCUUUUAUCGUUCAUCGUCUGCAUAUGGAGCUGAAGCUUCUGUAUCUGUAGAAGAGCUGUUCACAACUCCGACCAUAAAAGUGACCCCACAUCCCGUUUUUAAGAAGAAUAACAUGACCCUAAAAUGUGAGACAAGUCUCCAUCCUCCCAGACAAAACACACAGAUACAAUUUGCUUUCUACAGAGAAGGACGAAUUGUUCAGGGAUUUGGUGACAAGGACAUCUAUGAUGUCUCCAUGGUACAGCUGGAGCAUUCUGGGAACUAUUCAUGUGAAGUGCAAACCACAGAUGGAAGAGUGAGGAAGAAAAGUGUAGAGGAACUAAUCCAGAUAGAGGAGCUAUUCUCACAUCCAAAUAUAAAAGUGACCAGUGAAUUUUUCGAAGGAGAUGCCUUGACCCUGACCUGUCACACAACUCUUAAUCCACACACAAAGCCUACAGAAGUGCAGUUUGCUUUCUACAGAGAUGGACAGAUGGUACGGGAAUUUGAUUCAUCUAAUAAGUAUGAAGUUCAGACUGCUCACCUGGAGCAUUCUGGGAAUUAUACCUGCGAAGUAAAAUCCUUAACACACCCUACAAGGAAGAUCAGUAAUUGGUCUAAAAUAUUGGUAAAAGAGCUGUUCACAACUCCGACCAUAAAAGUGACCCCACAUCCCGUUUUUAAGAAGAAUAACAUGACCCUAAAAUGUGAGACAAGUCUCCAUCCUCCCAGACAAAACACACAGAUACAAUUUGCUUUCUACAGAGAAGGACGAAUUGUUCAGGGAUUUGGAGACAAGGACAUCUAUGAUGUCUCCAUGGUACAGCUGGAGCAUUCUGGGAACUAUUCAUGUGAAGUGCAAACCACAGAUGGAAGAGUGAGGAAGAGAAGUGCAGAGGAACCAAUCCAGAUAGAGGAGCUAUUCUCACAUCCAAAUAUAAAAGUGACCAAUGAAUUUUUCGAAGGAGAUGCCUUGACCCUGACCUGUCACACAACUCUUCAUCCACACACAAAGCCUACAGAAGUGCAGUUUGCUUUCUACAGAGAUGGACAGAUGGUAGGGGAAUUUGAUUCAUCUAAUAAGUAUGAAGUUCAGACUGCUCACCUGGAGCAUUCUGGGAAUUAUACCUGCGAAGUAAAAUCUUUAACACACCCUACAAGGAAGAUCAGUAAUUGGUCUAAAAUAUUGGCAAAAGAGCUCUUCUCUCCUCCAGUACUGAGAGUAUCUCCAGAGUUGGUCAACGAGGGGGAGAACAUGAUUCUAUCUUGUGACACAAAACUUAGUGAACAUAGGCAGACUACAGAACUGCAGUAUGCCUUCUACAGAGACGGGGAAGACAUUCAAGGGUUCAACUCUUCUAAUAUCUAUGAUGUCUCCAUGGUACAGCUGGAGCAUUCUGGGAACUAUUCAUGUGAAGUGCAAACCACAGAUGGAAGAGUGAGGAAAAAAAGUGCAGAGGAACCAAUCCAGAUAGAGGAGCUAUUCUCACAUCCAAAUAUAAAAGUGACCAAAGAAUUUUUCGAAGGAGAUGCCUUGACCCUGACCUGUCACACAACUCUUCAUCCACACACAAAGCCUACUUUAGUGCAGUUUGCUUUCUACAGAGAUGGACAGAUGGUACGGGAAUUUGAUUCAUCUAAUAAGUAUGAAGUUCAGACUGCUCACCUGGAGCAUUCUGGGAAUUAUACCUGCGAAGUAAAGUCCUUAACACACCCUACAAGGAAGAUCAGUAAUUGGUCUAAAAUAUUGGUAAAAGAUUUUAUUAAGCCCUAUGUAAACCUCAAAGGCUACAGCUGA